GAUUUAUGAGUUCUACCGUUAAUCGUUAUACAAUACAUAGCUCAUCAAUAGACUUUUAUUACCUAUUGUAAAACUAUUGAACUAAAUUCGUUAGCAUGGCAUAUUGCAUAUGAUAAGCGGAAAUACAUAUGGUUAUCUACAUACUACAUAUGUAUGUUAUCCUGUCCUAGAAAUCAAUGCCUCAGAAAUGUUAUUUGCGAUGCAUAUUUUGGUUUCCCCAGCACAUGCAACACGAGAUCCACUUCAGUUAAAUAAAGUUUCAGUAUUUCCUUAUUCACUGCACGUAGGGGCUCGGAAACUUUAUUUCUAAAUCGGAUAUUGGCACCAGCGGGUCGGGCUUUUGUCAUGAAAAUUUCAUUUUUGCAAAAGUGUAAUUGCUUGUAAUUAUUAUUUAUUGAAAAUCAAGUAAAAUUAAAAAUAUGGCAUCGUGGAGUAUUUGGAAAACAUGCAUAACUGCUUCAGUUCGGACAACAAAUCGUAUGAAUGCUAUUCUCAAUGAAUCAGUGGCAAAUCGAAGAAAAUCAAUAUUCAAAGUAAAAGACACAGACCCAGACGCUGCUGGUGUGGAUAAUAUGCAUCCGAAAUUGGACAUUCAAUUCUUGCAAAAUAAUUUCUCGAUGGAAAAAGUGUACAAACUUAUAGAAGCAAUAAUUGAAGACCGUUUGCUUUGGGAUCGACUAAGUCGUACCUAUGACUCUUGGCGAGCAGUUAGUUUAGCGGAAAAUUUAGCUUCAGAAAUAAGAAAUCGUAUCAAGGAACUUAACUACAAAAGGCAUCGAAUUGUGUGCAUUUUGUCAUUGAUAGAAAAACAAAACCAAGGAAUAAGUAUUAAGAUGAACUUUUUAAUGGAUUCCAGUUGCGAUAAUUUUACGAAAUUUAUUUAUGAACGUGCAACGUACACAAUUGUUGUAACAGUAUUUUUAGUGCAUAAGGAUUAAAUAAGUUGUAGAAUUUUAGUAAGAGACUGAAUAUAAGAAAUAUUUAAAUUG